AUGGAACUGACCUCAGAUGAUGAGAAAUCGUUUAGACCAUCCUAUAUUGUUAGUGUUGAUCUGCCUCCAAGAGCAGGACCAGUAAAUGUGGAAGAUAUUAAAGCAGAUCUCUCUGUUAAUUUUUCUUUGGUUUCUUCAAGUUCAGACACAAGCCAGGGGAGCAGCUUGGAGUAUAAGGGACACAUACAAGUUUGCUUGCGUAUUAAGCCACAUACAUCAUCGGAAGGGGAAUAUGAAUUGCAGGACUGCAUUUCACUUGAGGACUCAAAAAGCAUCAUACUGAAGCCCCCCCAAAACUCUUUGGGUCGACUAAGUGAAAGAACUGCUGGACAGAUGAUGCAGAAGUUCACUUUUUCACAAGUGUUUGGACCAGAAACAACUCAAGAAGAAUUCUUUGAAGGUACCAUGAAGCAACCAGUGCAAGAUUUCUUAGAUGGAUAUAAUCGUCUUAUUUUUACAUAUGGUGUUACAAAUGCAGGGAAAACCUACACAUUCCAAGGCACAGAAGAUGAUGUUGGUAUUCUGCCAAGGGCUAUGGAUAUGCUGUUUAAAAAUCUUCAAGGAAAGCUUUACACAGCAAUGGAUCUGAAACCCCAUCGAUGUAGAGAUUAUAUAAAGCUGACAAAAGACCAAAUGAAGGAAGAAAUUGCUAUUAAAAGCUCAAUACUUCGUCUAACAAAAGAGGUAGAGGAACGCUUCUUUCUAUAUUCAUGAGUACACACAUCUUUAGAGUCUUCCUUGAAUGAGUGUUCUUUUGAGGAGGAACUCCUGGAUGAAUCUAGCACAACUGUGAAGAAUUACACAAAGUUUUCUGUUUGGGUUUCAUUUUUUGAGAUUUACAAUGAAUGUUUUUAUGACCUUCUGGUUCCUGUAUCAAAUACCAAGAAAAGAAAAACGCUACGCCUUGCUCAAGAUGUUAAGGGAUGUUCUUAUGUGAAAGAUCUGCAAUGGGUUCAAAUUUCUGAUUCUAGAGAAGCUUUUAGACUCUUGAAACUGGGAUUGAAACACCAGAGUAUAGCAAGCACAAAACUAAAUACUUGCUCCAGCAGAAGUCACAGCAUAUUCACAGUCAAGUUACUAAAAAUUGAAGAUUCAGGAACACCUCGAGUGACCCGAGUCAAUGAACUGUCAAUGUGUGAUCUUGCUGGUUCAGAAAGAUAUACUAAGACUCGCAAUGAAGGUGACAGAUUGAAAGAGAGUGGAAAUAUAAACACCUCUCUCCUGAUUCUAGGAAAGUGUAUCAAUGCACUGAAGAACUGUCAACAGUCCAAGUUUCAACAGCACAUACCCUUUCGGGAAAGUAAAUUAACUCAUUUUCUUCAAGGAUUCUUCAGUGGAAAGGGGAAGGUAUAUAUGAUAGUCAACAUAAGCCAGUGUGCUUCAGCAUAUGAUGAAACGCUCAAUGUGCUAAAAUUCUCAGCCAUUGCACAAAAAGUUUUAGUUAUGGACACAUCUAUUCUUCCCCAUGAUCAGUCAUUUGACCAAAAAACAUCACUACUUAAUGACACUAAAAUGCCACUCCCAAGGAAAAGAGCUACCAUCCUAUGGGACACGACCUUAGAAGAUGUGAUUGAAGAUGAUGAUGAUGAGAUGGAGGAACAGCAGAAUCUAUCAAGAGAAGAAGCAUCCCAGAAACAUGAAGAAAAUAAAGUUCUUAUUGGAAAAGAAGAUUAUAUGAAGCUGCUGACUCUUGUAGAGGACUUGAAGAACAAACUUCUUACUGAAAAGAAGAAUAAGUUACUACUGGAACUAAAAAUUCGUGAAGAAGUGACACAAGAAUUCACCCAAUAUUUUGCUGAGAGGGAAGCGGAUUUUAAAGAGUGCCUUUCUCAUGAACGAGAACGACUUAAAGAAGAUUCUGAAAAACGUCUGGAAAUUUUCAAGGAACUCGUAAAUGGUUGUACUAACAAUCCACAUGAAGAAAAUAAAUUGAAGGAUCAGCCUUGCAGUGAACAAGCUAAACCUCUGGAUGAAGAAUACAGAAUAGGGCCAGGCACUUACAUUGAUCUUGAGGGCAUUAUUGAUUCUUUGCAGAAUGAUGUCAUUGAUAUAAAAAAGCAGGCAGCUGAAGCACACAAAUACAUAGUGUCCCUUGAGGACCCACAGGAAGCUAUAGGUUGGCUUGAAGAACAACUGGGAAAAAUUACUGCUGAACUGACUAAGACCAAAGAAGAGCUGACAAAGAAAACCAAUGAACUAAUCAAAACUGAAGAAGAGCUGACACAGAAAACUAAAGACUUUGAAAUGCAGAUGAUUCAAUUGGAUGAGUCUGCUGAGCAGCUUAAAGAAGCAACCAAGAAAAUGAAUACACAGAAUAAGAGGAUUCAAGAGUUAAUGGACAUUGUGGAGCAAAAAGAUGAUGUUAUUACAAAACUACAAGAUUUGAUAUCCUGUUUAGAAGAAACAAUAAAAGACUAUGAAAACACUGUGUCUACCAUCAAAAGAGAAUUGGCAGGAAAGAUAUCUAAUGACAUGAUCAAAACAAGCCAAUUCAAAGCUUGUGAGGAUAUUGUAUUGGAAGUUGGAAGAAAACGUUGCUUUGAAAAUGAGCCUACUGUGGAAGAGCCACCUACAAAGAAAGGUACCAUUUCUACCAUCACUCAACAGGGGGUCGCUAUUCCAGAACAGAAGCAAAAAGUUGUGAAGCGAGAUAUGAAGGACAGUUGGGAAGAUGACUCUCUAAUGCAAAAGGGAAAUGAAUACCUGAAAACAAAUACUUCUGAUAACUAUGCAGAAGUAUUAGCACUGAAAAAAAGAACUGAAACCUUGGAAGGUCAGCUGACUGCACUUGAGGAGCAAUGCAGAAGAGAAAAAAAUGAAAAAGAAGAGUUCUGUAGGCAGAUAACAGACUUGCAUCUCAAGCUCUCUGCUUCUGAGGAAAGGGCUUCUGGCUUAAGUGAAGAGCUUCAGCAAUGUCAAGCUGACUAUCAGGAGAUUAUUUCUGAAUUAGGCAAACAGAAAACUAUAAAUAGGGAACAAGAAGAAAAGAUAAUUCAGCUCAAUAAUGAAGUAGAAGGUGCCAAACAAAAUAUAAUUGAUAAAGUGUCACAAAUUAAAACAAUGCAUUCCAAAGUGGAUCAGUUGUAUAAAUGCCACUUAGAAUCUUAUGCUAUGGAUACUGAUUUAGUUAAUCUUAAGGAUUCCCUUGACCCUCAAAACAAUAAACCAGAGAGAGCUCAAAUGAGUCCUGUAUGCAUGCAAUCCCAAACUGCCUCUAUAGCAGAUCUGAGACGAGAGAGCUCCUUUCACUGCAGUGUUGAAAGCAUUUGGGAAGAAUGCAAAAAUAUCAUUAAGGCUUCUUCAGAGAAAAGUCAGCGGAUUCAAGAACUACUUCAACAAGUUGAAGACUUAAAGAAGGGGCUUGAUGGCUCUGAGAAUUAUAAUAAUCAACUUAAAAUAAAAUUAAAUGAGAUUGCAAAUGAAGAUUGUCAGUCUGUAAAGGAAAAAGAUCUUAUGAUUAAGCAGUUACAAGAGCAAAUCCAGAAGAAAACUCAAGAUUUUGAAAAACAGGCUGCAGAAGAUCACAGAAUAAUUGCUCAGUUUGAGGAGGAAGUAACCAGCUACAAGGGAAAAAUAAGAGAGCUUGAAUGCCUCUUGGAGGCUUUUAGAGCUAAAGAUGACAGCAUAACAGAGCUAGAAGUAGUACUUAAAGAAAAAGAAUCUAUUAUUUUAAAACUAGAAAGUAAUACAGUAGCUCUGCAAGAAAAAUGUACCAGUUCGGACAAAAAGCUGAAAGAAUUAACUUACCAAGAAGCAAAUCUGAAGGAGGAAGUUGUGCAGUUGGUUAACAGCUUGGAAAACAUGAAGUGCUGCAUUCAGGAAAGUGAGAAAAAAGAGGAGGAGCAAUUGCAAUCUAUAGAAUUGCUACGUAAAGAUCUGUCUGAGAGUUGUACCCUUGUACAGAGCUUGAAAAAAGAUUUGCAGAGGAAAGAGGAAGAAUAUACCGAUUUGAAAGACAAAUUUUCUGAUGCAAAGAAACAAAUUCAGCAAGUACAAAAAGAGGUGUGUACAGUGCAAUCUGAGGAGAAAUUCCUGAGGAACAAAGUUGAUGAACUUGAGAAAAUUAAAAAUCAGCUUAGCGAAGAAUUGGAGAUCAAGCAGCGCACAAUCCUGCAACUUAAAAAGGAACUGUUGAAUAAUGAGAAGCUGGAAGAAAUCUCGAAACAGUAUGAGAAAACCCAAAAAGAUCUGUGUGCAAAGGAAAAAAUAAUUGAAGAUAUGCGGAUGACAUUAGAAGAGCAAGAACAGACUCAGACUGAACAAGAUCAAGUGCUUGAAGCCAAGUUAGAAGAGACCAACAGAUUAGUUUUGGAACUGGAAGCAUGGAAACAGAAAUAUGAAGAACUAAAUAAACAGGGUGAUAGUGACUGGCAGCAAAAGAUGAACAAAAAUGAGGAGAAAAACAUAAAUGAAAAUGAAGAAAUAAUGAAGUUGCAAAAAGAACUGGAGGAAAAUGAGGCAAAGUAUCAAAUUGAUAGAAAGAAGUGGCUGGAGGCAAAAACAGGUCUUAUACAUCAAGUAAAAGAAGCUGAGAGCCAUCGCAACAGAGAAAUGAGAAAAUUUGUGGAGGACAGAGAGCGUCAUGUAAAGCAACAAGAAGAAAUUGAAAGGCUUGGUGCACAGCUUUUGGAAAAGGACAGUGACCUUCAUAAGUGGCGUGAAGAAAGAGAUAAAUUAGUAGAAGCUUUGGAAGUACAGCUCAGGACUUUGGCUUCUAACACCAUACAAAAAGAUAAAGAAAUAGCAGAACUGAAACAGGCUGUGCUAGAGAACUCAGAAAAGGUCAUCUCUGAUAAGGAAACUCUUAUUGAAGAGCUAAGAAAACAGCUGGCUGAGAAAGAUGACUUAAUAAAGGAAUUGAAACAACACAUUAACCAAGAAAGUCUUCAUUUGGCAGAAGUACCUGAAGAACAAGAUAAAAUACAUCAGCCUAUAAACAAAGAGGACCAUUCAGAGAUUGUCCUCGACUCCUUUGAAGUGUCCACAGAAAAUGGAAAAAGUAGUCGGUUCCCAAAACCAGAGAUGGAAAUCCAGUUCACACCUCUGCAACCCAAUAAAAUGGAGGUGAGGCACCAGGGCAGCACCUCACCAGUCACAGUUAAAAUACUCAAGCAAAGAAAGAAAAGGAAGAGUGAAGAGAUGGAUGAGGAUUUUGUGAAAACUGAGAACAAGAAAAACACAAAAGCUGCUGUGAUUGAUUCGCCAUCUCCAAGCAACAGGAAAAUGAUGUCUAAUAUGCAGUCUUUUAGAAAAGAAUACUCCUUAAGAAAGCAAGACUCUACUUCAAGUAAAAAGUCAGCUAGAAAGAAAGAUGGAACGCUACAAAAAAUUGGAGGUUUUUUCCAAAGUUCUCCUACUAUCAUUCACUCUAAAGCAAAGAAGCUGAUUGCAACCAUAAGUUCUCCCAAGUCUGCAGAACCAGGAAGUGUCAAAGAAAAUGAGCUGAAGCCAAAACGAGCUAAGAGAAAACUGUAUUCAACUGACAUUUCUUGUCCCCUAGAUAUCCCUGCUUCUUCAAUCUUCAUAGAACAAAAAGAGAAGGAAAGUGAUCAUCUAAUCAUCAAGCGACGGUUACGAUCAAAACCAGCUAAAUAA